UGACGUCAGCAAAACACCGUAUUCAGUUGGGUCCGAUGAGCUUUAUUACAUUUACAGGUCGAGUUCGGGUCGACCUCGCCAAUGUGACCGGGUUUUAAUCAGUCGUUACGCUGAGUGUAUGACCACAGCCCAGACAAAACCAAACCAUAACUGUUGACUGUUCCUUUUGACGUGUUAUCUUCCUGAAUAAUUAUUUCCACCCUCAAUGAUGCUGAGUUUGAAUGACCCCGAGAUAAUGCUUUUCGACGCCAUUUUCAACGGCAAUCUCAUCCGGGUGAAGCGACUCAUCGGCAGCGGCAUCAGCAAGAACGCCAUCCUGCACAGCCCGACGCGGUGGGAGGGAGCCACGGUUCUUGGAACAGCCGCCUAUUCCGGAAAUCUCGACAUCGUCAAAUUCCUCGUCAGGUCCGGUGCGUCGGUGAACUUCCAAGACCCCCUGCUGGGUCGGACCGCGCUCCACUGGGCCUGCAUGUGGCCAGGGGCGGACUCGGGGGCGGACGUGGUGGAGGUCCUUCUCAUCGCCGGUGCCAACAUCAACUACACGGACCGUGACAACAUGACGCCGCUGCUGCAGGCGGCCAUGAACAAGAACAGCUCCGCAGUGAAGGUUCUUCUGGAACACGGCGCAGACGUCAACCAGGUGGACAGACUGAAAUGUUCGGCGCUGCAUUAUGCCGCUUUCAAUGGCGCCUCCAAGUCCUGCUCCGAAAUCAUCCGCGCCGGCUGUGUUCAAAACCACUGGGCGAUCUUCGGGAAAGGGACGCCAUUAGCGAACCUGGUCCAUCACGAUGACGUGGACAAUUGUCGUCUGCUUCUAGCAGCAGGGUAUUCUCUGGGAAGCGACAGACACUGGUUGACGUGUACACAGGACACGCCCAGCAGUGAACUGCUGGUGCUCAUUAAGGACUGCUUAUGCAAGCCGGCGUCACUGAAGGCUUUGUGCAGAAUCAAAAUAAGGAAUUCGUUGAAUUUUAAUGCUGUGAAUUCUAAACAGUUACACACGUUGCCGGUUCCUCUCAGAAUGAUGUCGUAUCUUGCUUUAGAAUAUUUAGACUAACUGAUAUAAUUUGUAAAAAAAACCCCAAAACAACAACAAAAACCCCCACAACAAAAACAAAUGUUGGUAAUGACUCAUUCAAAACUACCGUUGUGAGGAAUUAAAGGCAUAUUGUCACAGACCACUGACCUAUUUAAUGGUCUAACAAAGUAUUACCUGAACAAAAAUAAUUUGAUUGUCUCUAAAUGUACUUUAUUCAACCAUCUUCAUAACCACCAUACUC